CUCUAUUACGUUAUCACAACAAGUAAUUCAUAAUCUGCUAAACAUGACGGAACAAUACCAGUUCUUGCCGAGCAAAGAUGUGUCGAUAAUUGGCAUUCCAUUCAAUGGUGGUCAACCUCGUGAAGGAGUUGAAGGCGGACCCUUGAAGCUCAUCGAAUUUGGCUUGGCAAACCAAUUGGAGGAAAUGGGAUGGAGUGUUGAGUACCAGGCCAACGAAAACUUGUGUGAAUUACGUCCCAAGGAAGAUCCAGACGUCCUGAACCUUAAGCAACCCAAGUAUGUGUCGGCCGUGACCCAGUACGUUGCCAAGCAGAUUGCUCAAGCUGCCAAAGAAAAAAAAUUUUUGUUGAAUCUUGGCGGAGACCACUCAUCGGCUCUGGCUACGGUGUCUGGUGUGUUCGAAGCUUAUCCUGAUGCCUGUUUGAUUUGGGUGGAUGCUCAUGCCGACAUCAAUACGCCUGCCACUUCGGCAAGUGGCAAUGUCCACGGCUGCCCGCUCAGUUUUUUGACGGGAAUUGCUGGGAAUCACCCUGAUUUUGGCUGGGUGAAACCAUGUCUUCAAGCGGAUCGAUUGGUCUACAUUGGUCUCCGUGACGUGGACGACCCUGAAAAAAAAAUCAUCAAGGACCUGAACAUCAAGGCUUUCUCGAUGCACCAUGUAGACAAGUAUGGUAUUGGAAAAGUGGUGGAAAUGGCUUUGGACCAUGUGAAUCCCAACCGUGACCGACCGAUCCACUUGUCUUUCGAUGUUGAUGCCCUGGAUCCUUCUGUAGCACCCAGUACGGGCACGCCUGUUCGUGGUGGUCUGACAUUCCGUGAAGGCCAUUACAUUUGUGAACGUCUGGCCGAGACUGGUCUACUUGUUGCCGCUGACAUCAUGGAGGUGAAUCCUGCUCUUCUGGAUGAUCAAUGUGUCUUCAAAACCGUUGAAACCGGAUGCUCGCUUGCGCGCUGUUGUCUCGGCGAAACGUUGCUAUAGAAAAAAGAGAUCCUACCUAUACCCUAGGAAAUGGAUUGACUCCAUCCCUUUUUUGUAUUUAAUGGAGUAUUCAAAUAGAAUGGUUUACAUAUUAUGCCAUAGACAUCGCAAAUAUGAAUUGCAAAACUGUGCCAUUUCCCCGAAGUGGCGGGUUUUUAGAUACUCAUCAUCAUUUUGAGCGAUUUUUUUUUCUAUUUUGCCGCCCAUCAGAUUCUCCAUCCUUGCGGGAUUUCAAGAUUCCGAUGUCAAACAUUGAACCUUGAAACACAUGCGCACCAUAGCAACACGAAUUAAAG